GGCAUCCCGGUGCAGCGCCCCUACUACUGCCGGCGGCUGCACCCCGAGCCCGAGCUGGCCGUGGUGCUGGGCCGGCGCACGCGGGGGGUGUCCCGCGACGACGCCAUGCGGUACGUGGCCGGCUACGCGCUGUGCCUGGACAUGACGGCGCGGGACGCGCAGGACACCUGCAAGGCCCGGGGGCUGCCCUGGACGCUGGCCAAGAGCUUCGACACCUCGUGCCCCGUGAGCGACUUCGUGCCCAAGGAGCACGUGGCCGACCCGCACCGCCUGCGCCUCUGGCUGAAGGUCAACGGGCAGCUGUGGCAGGAGGGGGACACGGCCGACAUGCUCUUCUCCGUGCCCGAGCUCAUCAGCUACAUCAGCGAGAUCAUCACGCUGCACGAAGGCGACGUCAUCCUCACCGGCACCCCGCCCGGCGUGGCGGCCGUGGAGGAGCACGACGAGCUGGAGGCCGGCAUCCACGGGCUGGUCAGCAUGCGCUUCACGGUGGUGCAGCAAAGGCUGGGGGCGUGAGGGGGGGCCUUGGAGCUGCCCCCGUCCCUGCGUUUCUCAUGCGCCACGCUGGGUCUGCAAGUUGGCUCCUGGUUCCCAGGGAAUAAAGAACCAACUUGGUUCUUUGGGAAUAAAGAACCAGCUUUGCUCCUUGGGGAUGAAGAACCAACUUUGCAAUGAAGAACCAACUUGGCUCCUUGGGGAUGAAGAACCAGCUUUGCAAUGACAAAUCAGCUUUGCUCUUUGGGGAUGAAAAACCAACUUUGCAUUGAAGACCCAACUUGGCUUCUUGGGAAGGAAGAGCCAACUUUGCUCUUUGGGAAUAAAGAACCACUUUGCAAUGAAGAAUCAGCUUUGCUCCUUGGGAAUGAAGAACCACUUUGCAAUGAAAAACCAACUUGGCUCCUUGGGAAGGAAGAGCGAAGUUUGCAGUGUAGAACCAAGUUGGCUUCUUGGGGAUAAAAAACUAGCUUUGCAAUGAAGAACCAACUUGGCUUCUAGGGAUUGAUGCUUUUGGAUCUGUUGAAGGGUGGGGGGUUGGCGUUGCAUCGGCUCUAAAUGGGCAUCAAGUUUGGACGGUUAAUAAAGCUAAAAAAGAAAA